GUUUCGAGGCCUGGCAACGGCGAUGGCGCUGGGGGCGCAUCGCCUGCCGCGGCCUCGCUCUCGCGCGCUGCACUCGCGGGCGACAGCUUCGAGCGCGGCGCGUGCGGGUCCACCGGCGCCUCGCAGCAGAUGAAGGGCGCGGCGGUGCCGUCCUGCAUCGCUUGCUUCGAUCGGUACUCGAAGGGCUUCACGCAGUUCGGCUCUCUGGAGGUAGUCCAGGCGGGCGUGCAGGGCGAUGAUUCGCACAUCUACGACUGCUGGCAGGAGGCUUUGAGAAACGAGUUUGGCGAGCGCGCGCACUUCUGCCCGACGUCUGUCGACGAGGGGCAGGAGUUCAUUGUCUCGGUCGCGAAGCCGAUGGUUGGCUUGAACCGCUCGCAGCUCAUCUCAGACGUGCUUCGCGACGAGCCAGGGAAGACGGGCAUCGAGCUGCAGGGCCUGCCCGACCACGAGGGGAACAUCUACCAGGGUCCCCUGGUGCCCAACCCGAAUCGCCCGCACCUGGAGUGCGACGUUACCAGCCAGGUCGUCGCCAGGAUGACGACGCACAAGAUGCAGCCAUUUCAGCAGACGUUCUCGGCGCAGACGGCGGGCACCUACACUUACGUGAAGAAGAAUCGGGGGGCGGCGAUAGGGGUGGCGGCCUGGGCAGGGGGCGCUGUCGGACACCCGUGCGCGAGUUGCGAAGUGGGCCUCCUCAAGGCGAUGGCGCAGGAGGGUAAGAUGAAGACCGUCUGCGUCAAGGCGCGAACGGAGAACCACGCAUUCGAGUCGUUGAAGCUCAAGGGGGGCCAGUACAGGAUGUCGCAGGCCGAGAUCGCCGCGCGGGCUCAACACCUUGAGGAGCAGGGCGUGAGUCCGUCUGCCAGCCCGAACGGCGCCUCGCCAGGUGGCGUGCAGCCAGCGGCCGCGGCCGCUGCGGGGACUGGCCCGAUGCUGAACCCGAGUGCGAUGGCUUGCUCGAGGACCGUCUUCACGGGCGAGGGUGGCCGCGGGCCUCGCACUCCAGACGCAGAGCCACGGGGGGCAGCCGGGUCGGCGGCGAUGUCGGCGGAGGGGAAGCAAUCUGAGGUGGAGGAGCUCGUGGGGCGCCGCAUCGCCGCCCUGGGCGUGAACAGGUGCUGGCCAGUCGCCGCCAUGGGCCGCGAGCUCCGCUGGGCGAGGGAAAGCCACCAGACCAUCAUGGAGGGCUGCCCCAACCCGCAGGGCAGCGAGGUGGCGGACACGCUGAAUGAGCACAUCCUUGUAUGCGACGCGAUCUGCCAGCUGGCCAUCGAGGUGGGGGGCGAGGACAUGCCAUCGAAGUGGAAGCUGGACGCACUCAAGCUCAAGGUCACCGAGUUCAUCAAGAGUGGCGACUUCGACGUGCAUGAGUUCUUUGUCAUCGUCGUACCGUGGGGAGUCCAAGCUGAAGGUGACAUGAGCGACGCCAGGUACACGCCCACGCGUCCACGGGUGCUCACGUGCGACGGGAGCUUGUCGGACAAGAUCGUUGUUGGCGAGGGUUUCUUUAUGGAAGCGUUGGCCCAGUUCAUCCAGAGUGGCAAG